AGUGUUUCUGAUGUGAAAAUGUCAAAAAGUAGUGAUAAUGUGGCAUACAGUAAAGUUUGUACAAUAAAUUAAUGUGUUUAUUAAUGAAAUGUGUUGUUACGCACUUGAGCUUCCCUCGGCGGGUGACGUGAGCGGCAGUGCUGCCGCGGUGGUAGAAGUGCUGAACUAAACGACAGUAGCUAAAGAAUCGCUCGGUACGUCGCGACACCGAGCGAUUUUCUUAAUUUUCCACGAAAAUGGCCAACAAUUUUGAACCAAUGGCCAAAUCAAAGCAUUUCCCGAUAGAUCAACUAGUCCGAGUCGGUAAUUACAAUCUAGAAAAGACAAUAGGAACGGGGAAUUUCGCGGUGGUCAAACUAGCUACACAUGUAAUAACGAAAUGUAAGGUCGCGAUAAAAAUAAUAGACAAAAGCCGACUGGACGAAGACAACCUGAAGAAGACCUUCAGAGAAAUAGCAAUUAUGAAGAGACUGCGGCACCCACACAUAGUCCGGUUAUACCAGGUGAUGGAGAGCACACACACGAUAUACCUAGUGACAGAAUACGCUCCGAACGGGGAAAUAUUCGAUCACCUAGUGUCAAAAGGGCGCAUGCCCGAGCCGCAAGCGGCGCGCCUCUUCUCACAAAUGGUGUCGGCGGUGGGGUACUGCCACUCGCGGGGGGUCGUGCACAGGGACCUCAAGGCCGAGAACCUUUUGCUCGACACACACAUGAACAUCAAGCUGGCAGACUUCGGGUUCAGCAACGAGUACGUCCGCGGUGGUGCGUUGGCCACGUGGUGCGGUAGCCCGCCUUAUGCCGCACCAGAACUAUUCGAGGGCAGGAGAUACGACGGACCCAAGGCGGAUAUAUGGUCGCUGGGCGUAGUUCUGUACGUGCUGGUGUGCGGCGCGCUGCCGUUCGACGGCGGCACGCUGCACGAGCUGCGCGCGGUGGUGCUGGGCGGCAAGUUCCGGAUCCCUUACUUCAUGUCGCAAGAGUGCGAGCAGCUGAUUCGGCACAUGCUGGUGGUGGAGCCGGAGCGGCGGCUGUCGCUGCGCGGCGUCGCCCGCCACCGCUGGCUCGCGCAGCACCACCAGGGGCCAGGCCCGCCCGCGCCCACAGAUCCUUCGACGGGAGCGUGCACGUGCCACCCGGCCGGCGUGACGGCGGCGCCCUCACACGACACCGUGCUGGCCCACAUGCUCACCCUGCCAGGGCUCACCCCCGCCCUCAUACACCAGUCUGUGCAGGAGGAGCGCUUCGACCACAUCUCGGCCAUCUACCACCUGCUCGUGGACAAGGUGCAGCAGCGCAGCCAGCGGAUACACAGAGACUCGUUGGAGUCGCCAACGGAAGACCAAGGCGGCGGGGCGCUAGACCUCACGAGUUGUAAGAGUGGGACAGACGAGCAAAUGGACGCUGAAGAUUCGUCGCAAGACUGUCUGGUGUUACCUGAUGCUGUGGAUUACUUGUCGGAGCGGACUGAUAGCUUAGAGCAGUUCGGGUCGGGCGGCGGCGUGGCGGCGGCGGCGGCGGCGGCGCGGCCCGCGGACCCGCAGCGGCGCCACACGGUGGGCCCGCAGCCGCGACACGACCAGAUGAUGGACGUGGGUUCGGCGCUCGGCUCGGCCGCGUCGGCGGACGGACGGAACGCGCCGCUAUACGUCUCCGAGUUCACUCAAAGUUCGUCGCGCGAGGCGCCAGCCGUGUCCAUGCUGCCCCACACCAACCUGGCCGCGCCGCUCCCCGCGUGGCACCACUUCAGCGUCAAGGACCAGCACCUGCUGAAGCCGCCCAUCGCCAUGCAGAGCCAAGCGUCCACGUUCGGGCGGCGCGCGUCCGACGGCGGCGCGCACGUGCCGCGCGGCCGCGAGCGCGCCUGCUGCCACAGCGCGCCGCCGCACCACGUGUCGGACAGUGGGGCGCCCGCGCCGCAAGAAGACGCGGAACAGACAGAAGACAUAUGCAGGUAUAUGAUGAACCGCGGCAGCAGCAAGCGGCACACGAUGGCCACGACCGAGGACGCCGCCAACACCGCCGCCGGGCCCAUGCCCUCCACGUCGCCGGCGUCGUCGGCCAACAUGCGCGUGCGCCGCACCGGCCUGCUCACCGUCACGGAGCGCCCGCCCGUAAUAAGCCCAGAGUUAGUGAUGGAGGUGGAAGCUCGCAUGAAGCGGAACUACCUCCCCCCCUCCAUGGGGCAGUACCCGCCCCCCGGGUACCACAGCCCGCCGCGCCCCGCCCCCCCCCGAGCCCGCGCCCAAACCCGGCUCCAUCACCUCCGGCACUCCGAUCACGCCGCAACUCUCCAACUACACGAACCAAGGGUCGAUAGUGAGCGGGACGCCAGUCCCCACCCUCGAGUACAACUACAGCUUCAUACCGGGCUCCAUAACCAGCGGGACGCCCGUCGCCUACCAGAGCCAAGCGACCAACACCGCGCCGCAAGCGCAGUACACUCAGCCGCACAAUAACCGCCAGAGAAAGUACUCGGGCCCGCAGCGAGUCAAGUUGCAGCUGUUGGCCACUGUACAGGAGAACAUGGGUUGAAAAACGAAAAUGUUUAUAAUACUCGCGAGCACGCCGAGCGCUACUCGCCCGUGCGGCGCGCCGAGUGCUCGCCGCCACGCGCCGCGCACGACCUCGCGUCCGCCCGGCUCGAGUACCAGCAGCUGCAGCGUGGCCUGGAGCGGCGCGGCGCGGGGGCGGGCGCGGGGGCGUCGCCGCCGCACGACGUGCGCCUGCACACGCCCGCCGCCUCCAUGCCCAACUCGCCGGUCCACGGAGCGUCCCCGCCCGCGCUGGAGCUGUCCUCGCUGCCGGAGCCCGAGCUGCCGCACAUGCUGCUCACACAGGACUUGGCGCUGAGGCUGGGGCUGAAGUACGGCGGGGAGUACGCGCCGCCCCCCGCCCCGCCCGGCUCCCCGCUCCGACAGAUCACCGAGGGGCUCAGCUACCUGCACACCGGCUCCAUCACCAGAGGCACGCCGCAGGCGACGGCGACGCCGCUGGACCUGCGGCACGCCGCGGCCGGCGCGGGCGACGCGGACGCCGCGCACAUGCUGCCGCCGCUGCAUCCACACCACCACGUGCACAGGUCCUUAAACAACAGUCCGAUCUCGAACCCCAGCUCCCCGCUCGACAUGAUCCAGGAGGAGAUCCACAACGGCUGCUCGCAGCUCGGCUUCACGCAGGAGAUGAGCCGCAACCUGCAGCAGCAGUUCCAGGCGUACGCGUCCGCGCACCCGCAGAUCUCGCUCACCGACUGCCUCGGCUCCGAGGUCACGCUCGUCGCCUCCUCCGACGACAGCGACGACAGCCUAGACCGCCCCCCCAUCUACCACCCCCCCCUCCUCCCCCAGCUCGUCAUCUCCGAGCCCUCCGACCUGGAGCCCUCCAUCACGCGCGGCAUCGGCCGCAAGCCCAGCCACGAGGCCCCGCACGAGGAGGACAGGGACGCAGACAUGCAGAGUCCUAAAGAGGAAAAGAGCAGGAGGAACAGCGAGAAGAGCUUAGGGUUCAGCGACGAUUCACUCAGCAACGACUCGCCCAACUGCGAACAGAACGUACACUCCAUCUACUCUAACAUAGUCUCCGUCAGCUCCGGGUUCAGUGAGAACCGGGGGAGCUUCUCCGAGCAUCGAGAAUCAUUCUCAUUCUCAGAUAGAGGAAGCUUCUCGGAGCGCGGUGAUUACGGACGCUCGUCCUUUUCAGAGAGAAGCGAUUUGGGUCGCGGGAGCUUCUCAGAAAAAGGAGAGACUCCUAGAUCUUCCUUCUCAAAUCAGGGUAUCUUAGGCGAUGUUCAGGAGGAGUAUUUCCCAAGGGACAGGUUAGAAAAAUGCGAUGAAGGGGAGGAGAUAGAUAAACUGCAGAAAUCCACUAUGGAUUUAAGAUUGACUGACAUUUGCCGGCCGGAUGAUAAGAUACCUAUAUUAUUAAGUCCGCAAAAAGUCUCCUGCAUACAGGAGUCUUACGAAGUGAUGUUGUCCACGGUGUGUUCUAAAUUAGACUCGCAGAGGAUAGUGGAGUUACUCAAAGAAGCUAUAAACACGAGGGUUCCCCCGCAGAACAUCUUCGUGGAGAGUCAGAACGACGAGACGCGGCCCGGCUUGAGCCUGGAGUACUCGGGGGGGAUCCAGAUCGAGCUGGUGCUGUGCGAGAACAAGGCGUGCGAGAAGAAGGGGCUGAAGAUGAGGAGGAUCUCGGGCGACCAGCGCGAGUACGGCAAGCUGUGCCAGCAGCUCAUCACCAGCCUCACCGUCUGAGCUCGAAGCUAGGGCAGAAAGAUACCACACUUUGAGUGGUUACUGGUUACCCAUAUAUCCGCAUCAACAUCAAUUCGCGUCUCAUGAUGAUUUUUAAUUUAAUUUUUGUAUGAGAAAUCGCUCGGUACUAUAAACAUGCGUGCGCAUGCGUUCAAUUUUCCGACGCGUAAGCCAUAGAGUAUAUUCAAUACUAUGUGAGUUAUUAGUCAAGAUUUUCGAAUGCAGCGCCAUCUAUUAUUAAGUUACAACAACUUUUCAUGUGACUUUCCAUGCCUAAAGGUUCCUUAUAGCACCUUAUAACACUUUGACCUAUUAAAUAGAAAUUAUGUUUAAACUACUGCUGUCCAUAUUUUUCUUCUAAUUAUGUGUUGCUUUAUUUCAUGCACUGUAUAAAAUAUUUUAUUAUUUUAACUGUAGGAAACUAGCCUAUUGUUUUUCACGCCCUCUAUCCUUGAGUUUCCUAAACAUAUACUAAGUACAUCGGAUUUACUAUUUCCUUUGACUGAAAACACCGGGGCGUAAGCAUCUUUAUACUAAGGAGCGAUUUCUCAUACAU